AUGUACAUGUUUGAGCACUAUCAAGGCACCACGGCUCUUUUCGGGGUGACCUUCUUGCAUACGCUCAUGAUGUUCGACGCUUUCAGUACUACGAGCAAACUCUUUGGCCUUGGGACGGAGGCAGAUAUUGAUAACCUCCAGGUAUUUCUUCAAGAGGAGAAGAGCAGUGGUCGGACAAUGCAAGCGAUAUGGGUCGAGUUCCCGACAAAUCCAAAUCUCAUGACGCCAAAUAUCGCGAGACUGAAAGAGCUCGCAGACGAGUACAAUGUGGUGCUCGUCAUCGACGACACUAUUGGCGGUUGGUGCAACAUCGACACGUCAGCGACCGCUGACGUGUCGAUCACAUCACUGACCAAAUCUUUCAAUGGUUACGCAGAUGCCAUUGCCGGAUGCGCAAUCGUCAAUCCCGCGUCUCGAAAGUACAGAGAUCUGAAGAGGCUGUUCGAUCGAAAGUACGUGCCAGAGUUGUAUGAGAAAGAUGCCGAGGCUAUUGAGCGAAACAGCCGCGACUACUUGCGUCGCUGCGCUGCGAUGAACAACAACGCAGCCGCACUUGUUCAGUACCUGCAUCUUUGUGCAGCCGACCCCAAUAGCGCUGUCAAAAGAGUCUACUACCCCUAUGUCAAUCCCUCUGGUGUUCACUAUAAGCGCUUCAUGAGACCCGAGACGUCAGAUUUUACUCCCGGGUUUGGUUGCUUGUUCAGCGUCGAGCUCGUGGAUGUUUCUGCCGCGCAGACAUUCUACGACAACCUCAAUGUGCAUAAGUCAGUUCACUUCGCGGCGCCAUUUACGCUUGCUCUCCCGUACACCUUCUGCGGUUUCAAGAAGAGGCUGGACUGGGCGGCGGGACUUGGCCUGAGGCCGACUCAAAUCAGGAUAGCGCCUGGUCUCGAAGAUACGGACCUGCUUCUCGAGGACUUGAAAGUCGCGGUCGCCGCUGCGAACGAAUGCAAGCAAGCUGUGUAG